UGAAAUCACACAGACAGGGACAUUUUUGCUGUACAGAACCAUUCAUUCAGACGGUUAUCGAAUGGAGUUCGCUAUAAAAACCCAACCCUGCUCUAAAGGCGUCUGCAUUUGUGGUAUCGCAGCAAUAGCAGGAGGUGACGUUUUCUUCACUGAUUAUUGUCAACCGGUACAUUACCCUGUUGUCGGAUUUCCUAAAUGUCAACAUAAUCUAAUAGCAGUUAAAAGAAUGACAGCAUCAUCUCAUAUGAUUCUCUUUCCCACUGGAACAGAUGUGCUGAUAGAAACUCUGCCAGUAGACGGAUUUGCAAUACAGGUUGAUGUGAGUCCUUCUGUGCACGAUUUACACAGAUCUGAAGGUCUCUGUGGUCGCCUGGGUUCAAGUCAGCUUAUCACAAACAAUGGUGUGGCAUCGUCGGUAGAUGACUUCAUUCUGUCAUGGGGAACAGCAGACCUUAAUACGAUAAAAUCGAGUGGUUAUGUUGCACCAGUUUCCCCGUCAGGACCACAAUUUUGUAUCUGCGAAAGUGGAAUUUCGAAACCAAACUGCACUCACUUCCCUUUCAGACCAUACUUUUGUCAAAUUGGUACCAGUGAAUUUUUAUCUGGACAGUGUUCAACCAAUGAGGUGUUUGGAUGAAGAUCCUUACGUCUAUUGAUCAACCAUGAUUUGUUUAAUAAUAUAUUCAUAGAUGUUACCGUACAUGAGAAUAAAUACUGCAAUUUAUUUGCUAACUUGAAAU